ACCUGACAGAAACACUUGUUCAACACUCACAUCUGCGUGACAACAAGGCUCUUGACAUUCUUUUGCUGUGGAAAACCAAAGUGUUGUUCCCAAGUUUAUAUCGGGGCUGAUCGGAGUUGCCAAGCGAUACAUUCCGAACUGUUGAGAGCGGUGUGUACCAGGUACCAGGUACCGUAUUAUCCCAACUGCCAGGGGGUUUGUCUUCUUUGGCUUGUUUGCGUCCGUCUCAACUGUCGAACAAGCCAACUUCACGGUGGAAACAUGAUAUCUCGUGUGGAUGAUGAGCCUGCCAACCUCAACCUCAACGGCAACAUGAACGUUCAUGCAUCUGACAUGCCUGUCGGUGACAAUAAAUCACAGGUGCCGCAUCUCACAUUGACCUACCGCACUUGGCAAAGAAUCCAAAAGCUGCACCGGACUGGGAAAGUCGAGAUCAAUGGGCAUGGUCUGGACAUAGCAACGGUUGUGGCGGUUGCAAAACUCGGAUGCAAACCGUACAUCGAAAAGAGCCAAAAGCUUCUCAAUCGACUGGAGGAAAGUCAGAACAUCUUGCAAGAACAUCUUCAGGCCGGGAGCAAGAUCUAUGGCGUCAACACAGGGUUUGGAGGAAAUGCCGACUUGCGGACCGACCACUUCAUCGAUCUCCAGCGCGCUCUGACACAACAUCAACAGUCGGCUAUUCUCACUAAAGAUGACCUCGCAACACAUCCCAAUGGCAACAGAGAGACGUAUCCCCAUUCCAUGCCGACAAGUUGGGUGAGAGGGUCGAUGCUUGUUCGGUGCAAUACCAACAUCCGAGGACACAGUGCCGUCAGCUGGAAAACAAUAGAUACUCUUGCUGAACUGAUUCGACGAAACAUGACACCCAUCGUACCCUUGAGAGGAUCAAUUUCGGCUUCAGGUGAUCUUAUGCCCUUGUCAUAUAUCGCCGGAGUUGUGCAGGGAAACUGCGACAUCUUUGUGCGAAGUGGGGGAGGACGCGAUAUGAAAGUACUCAACUCUCAAGAGGCCUUUGCAGAGAUCCGCCGGUUCCACGAGUCAGAUGUCGAAGGCCAGAGGACCGACAGCUAUUGUUCCAUCACGCUUGGUCCCAAAGAAGGGCUCGCAUUGGUCAAUGGUACCGCCCCUUCGGCAACGGUGGCCACACUGGCGCUAUAUGAGGCAAAUCAAUUGGCAGUCCUCUCUCAGCUUAUCAGCUGCCUAUCGUCUGAAGCACUUGCAGCGAAUGCUGAGUGGACUCAUAAGUUCAUUGCAGAAGUCCGUCCGCAUCCAGGCCAGGCCGAAGUCUCUCAGAACAUGCGAAAUUUCUUUCGGGGCUCGAGCCUUGUGGCUGGACUUGACGAACGUAUCGAUCGUAAGCAAAAGGGUCUCGUGCAGGAUCGUUAUGCAAUCAGAAGCUCGCCACAAUGGAUCGGUCCACAACUCGAAGACCUGCAUUUCGCAGCGGAACAGCUAGUACGAGAGCUUAACUCGACAACCGACAACCCACUCAUCAAUAGUGAGAACAGAGACGUCCACUGUGGAGCCAACUUUCAAGCUGCUUCGGUGACGAUGGCUGCAGAGAAGACUCGACUCUGUCUCCAGAUGAUCGGCAAAAUGCUAUUUGCGCAGACAACUGAAAUGCUGAAUCCCAUGCUGAACAAUGGGCUGCCUCCAAAUCUGACCCCAGACGAUCCCAGUCUUUCAUACUGUCUGAAAGGCGUCGAUAUCAAUAUGGCUGCUUAUCAGUCAGAGCUUGGGUUCUUGACAAACCCUGUCAGUUCGCACGUACAGUCUGCUGAAAUGCACAAUCAAGCCAUCAACUCGUUGGCUUUGAUAUCCUCACGGUACACCAUGCAAAGUGUCGAACUGGUCUCCUUGAUGUCCGCAUCCGCCAUAUUUGUUGGUCUUCAAGGCGUCGAUCUGAGGGUCAUGCAUCGGACUUUCCUGGAAAGCUUUCACGACGAGGCUAGCAACACCAUCAAGCAAAACUUUAGUGCAAUCAUCCCGAACGCUGCCUUACUGGAGUUGUAUCAUGAAGUGUGGGAAAAGAUCUGCAAUACUUGGUAUGGUGCCGCAAAUGUCGAUGCCAACGAUCGUUGCUCAAAGGUAGCAGCCGCAGCAGCAGAUGUGGCAAUAGCUUGCAUGUGUGCUGGAGGACUCGAACCUGCUACAAGCUCCCAAGACCUUCUUUGCGCAAUCAACACCUUCAAGCAAGGCUUGCAGCAGCGUAUGUUGACCGCUUUCCUAGCGCAUCGAUCCAGCUUCUUUAAAAACCCCUGCACGAUGUUAUUUCUGGGUCGUGGCACCGGAACGCUCUAUCGAUUCGUCAGGGAGGAGCUGGGUGUGCCGUUCUAUCGAGACCUGGAGGAGGAUGUUCACAGUGGGUGCUUGAUUGGUCGGUCAAAGAAGACAAUUGGGUCGUGGAUCUCGAUCAUCUAUGAAUCCCUCCGUGACGGCGUUUUAGCUGGUGUGAUCUUCAAGUCUCUAGAAGGCUUUGAUGACAACGAAUAGCAGUAUCGUACCAAGCCGGCCAGUUUGAGCUGGAAACAAGGCAGUUUCACGGGGGAGCUGAUUGAUGCCUGUAAAAUGGCUAGCGAUGGCCUAGUCAGCAAUGCGCUUAUCACAGCUCUUGCGCUUGUAACAGUUGGGCUGCGUCGAGGCAGGAUCGGGUCAGGGAC